UGCCCGCUCCAGCCGCCCCUCCCCCGCACCCCUCCCCGCGCGCCCGCCCCCUUCCCGCGCGCCCGCCCCCUCCCCUUUCCUCCAGCCCCACUCAGCCUGGGCAUAUCCUCCUGCCGCCCGCGCACCUCUCCGUGCAGUCCACGCUUCGCGGCUUGGCCCUUCGCUGCGCUCGGCUCCCGCAGGCGCUCGGCCCCGCGCCCCUCGGCCCCCGCCCCGCCGGCCGGACAGACCAGUGCUCAUGGCUGGGCCCAGCACCCACAUUGUCCCUAUGCUGUUCCUCGCCCUUCUGGUGCUCCUGGAGCUGAGCCUGGCAGGCUCCCUGGGACCUGGAACCUCUGCUCGGAACCUUCCUGAGAAUCAUGUCGACCUCCAGGAGCCAGCACUGUGGAUGCCUCCAGCCAGCCACCACCGCCGGCGGGGCCUGGGCAAGAAGGAGCGGGGCCCAGGCAUGCCUGGCCAGGCCCAGGACGGAACUGUGGUCUCCACCACCAGACAGGCCUCCAGGCUGCCAGGGGCAGAGGAGCUGCUGCCUGGGCAGAGUCCUGCAGGCCUGGUGCAGGACAAGGAGCUGUUCCUAGGCUUGGUGCUGCCCUACCCUGAGAAGGAGGACCAGUCUCCCGGGUCAGAGAGGGUCAAGAAACGCAGCAGGGAGCACAAGAGACGCAAGGAGAGGUUGAAACUGCACAGAGGCCGAGCCGUGGUCCGAGGUCCUAGCUCCCUGAUGAAGAAGGCAGAGCCCCCCAAAGACCAGGCGCUGGAUGCCACGAUGGAGGAGUCCUCCACCGGCCUGGCCCCCACCAACCUCUACUUAACCACCUUUGAGGCAGCACCCGCCACAGAAGAGUCCCUGAUCCUGCCUGUCACAUCUCUGUGGCCCCAGGCUCAGCCCAGGCCUGAUGGGGAGGUGAUGCCCACGCUGGACAUGGCCUUGUUCGACUGGACCGAUUAUGAAGACUUAAAACCUGAAGUCUGGCCCUCAGCUAAGAAGAAAGAGAAACACCGGGGUAAAUUCUCCAGCGACGGUAAUGAGACAUCACCCGCUGAAGGGGAACCAUGCGACCAUCACCAAGAUUGCCUGCCAGGCACCUGCUGUGAGCUGCGAGAGCAUCUCUGCACGCCCCACAACCGUGGCCUUAACAACAAAUGCUUUGAUGACUGCAUGUGCAUGGAAGGGUUGCGCUGCUACGCCAAAUUCCACAGGAACCGCAGGGUCACACGGAGGAAGGGGCGCUGCGUGGAGCCCGAGACGGCCAACGGCGACCAGGGAUCCUUCAUCAACGUCUAGCGGCUCUGCGGGGAGGCGCCUCCCCACCGGCCGCGCGGAGGUUCGGAGAAGCCGAGCGACUUGUUUAGAACUAGCAGUGGGAGAUCAGGUGGGGCACCGGAUGACCGAGGCUGCAGGCUCGAGCUCCGGACCCUCACCCCGGGAGGGGAGCCCCGGGCGCCGAACUGCCGCACACCUGCGCCCACCUCCCCGCCCGCGGAGGACCCGCACGGCCUGCGCCUCCCGGUGGCCCGGUGCUCCGCGGAUGGCAAUGUCCAGAGCGCCCUCUACUGCCCAACCUCCGCACUGCAACCGCUUCAAGUCCAAGAACGAAGAGACUUCUGAGCGCCUUGGAAGGCAAACUGCCGCAGAGAGACAGAGAAUCCCAGGAGAUGCGUGGGGAGCACCUGUAUGUACCAGGCGCUGUGCUAAAUGCGUGCCAUGCGUUAUCUCAUUUAGUUACCACAGUGACCUUUCAAAGGAUGCAUUACUAACCUUUUACCAGUGAGGAAACCGAGGCAGAGUUGGUUAGGACUUGUCCAGGGUCCCAGAUGGAUGCCCCUCAAACCUAAACCUGUGUAAGAAUCCUUGGGAUCUGGCUAGAAUGCAGAGUCUGGUGGGGCCGCUUCUGUAUUUCUAACAAGCUCUUGGGGGCAUGCUGCCGCUAGGGAAGCCCCCUGAGAGCACCCAGGUCCUAGGGAGUAAAUGCUGCACCUGUCGGGUUCCGGGGCCCAAAUCCUUGCCUCUCCACAACCACAGACUUAUUCCAGGUUCUCCAUGGCCUUCAGUGAGAGAGAAACGUUCCCUGGGAGUUCCCUUCACGGUGGUGAGAUCUGCAGUUAUGGGCUGCUCCCUUCCCUCCCUGGACAAAGUUGUAUCAUCUUUACAAACAAAGCAUGCAUUAAGCCCCUGCUUGCUGGGAAGGCAUGAUUUGGGAAGAUUGGCCGCUGCCCUCUGGGAGCUGGUAAUAUGAGACGAGAUGUGUUUGGAAGAAGCGACAGUGCUGUUCCUUCUACUUCGGUGGCUCUGCUCACUCAGUCCCAGGACACGCACUUUGACAUUACCCCAAUCGCUUCCUUAGUUUCUGUAGUUCAUGCCCUUCGAGAAUCGAAUGCUGAUGUGGGCUCAAAAAAUACACGCAUUGUGCAUGUGCGCCCACUUUGCAUACUGCCUUAGUGGCUUCCAGGCCUCCCACAGACCGUCUCUAGACCACCCCCCACCCCAUCCCACACUUCUGCAGCAGAGCCUCCUGACGCACUGGCGCACCUCUGAGGUUCAGGUGUUGUCUGAAACUAACUGGCCCCCACAAGCUAGACCCACCCACGAUGCCCAUCCAGAACAUCUGCCCCAGCAGAUCGGGCUCUAAGGGCCACUUCAGGAGCCACUUAAACCCAGCCACCCACACCUCCUGGCACCUCACUCCUGGUCAGCCCUCUGGUCCAGGGCAAACCAGGUUGCAAACAACAAAAGCCUUCCCCAUCCAAAUUCCUCGCUGGCCUGGACGCCUGCCGGGGGGACCACACCCGCGAUGCCAGGGCUGUUUACUCCAUUGGGAAACUCAGUCAGGGUCAGGGGUCUGGCACCAAGCAAAGCAGACGGAUCAAAGAGAAACGAAAUAUCCUUGCUCUCCUUAGUCAAGUUCUAUGCGCAAAGGAAUCUUAGGGGUGAAGGUGGGGCAAGGAAUGGAAGAGAUCAAAGCCGGCUGUUUGGAAAUCAAACCCCCCAGCAGUUUUGUCUAAGACUGCACCAGAAAACACCCAUGCCGUGUUUUUCACUGGGGGUGGCUGAUUGAAGAUUGUGCUAGAACCCUAAGUGGAGUA